GUGAUAUUGAAUUACAACGUACCCUGGCUAUCCUGUUCAUGACAAUUUUAUCUUGCUCGCAACUCGGAAUCAUCGUCGACAAUGAGUAUGGUAGGUUGCAUAUGCAAGUUGCAUAUGCAGAAGAGCCUCAUCCAUUUUGAUUUAAAUACUGCCUCUGUAUCCCUCUGAAACUCUAUCACCAGGAACAUCUUCUUCAUUAACUCUUCAUCAAGAAUAACCUUUUGACCGCAACUUUACCAUGGCUGGCUAUCUCACUGUUCUUACCGCUUUCGCGGCUGCCUUUGCUCCUGUCUUUGGUGCACCAGCAAUCGGAGUUCCUCAUCCAAAGAUUAAGACUCCAACCACCGUCGCCAAGGAUAUCGUCGCCGAUAGCUAUAUUGUCGUCUAUAACAAGGAUAUCUCACCAGAGGUGACUGCUAGCCAUGUUGACUUUGUUAACGCUAUCGUCGCAAAACGUGACAACGCCGUAUCAGUUGGUGCAAACUACAAGAUUCACGACUUCGCUGGAUAUCAGAUCACAGCUGAUGCGGAAAGCAUUGUUGAGAUCGCUAACAAGCCAGAAGUUGCAUACAUCGAGAAAGAUCAAAAGGUCUACGCUUCAGCAUUGAAAACUCAAACUGGAGCUACUUGGGGGCUAGGUCGUAUUUCUCACCGUGCACAAGAUACUACCACUUACAUCUAUGAUUCUACCGCCGGAAGUGGUGUGACCGUCUAUGUUGUCGAUACUGGUGUCUACGCUGCUCAUUCUCAAUUUGGUGGACGUGCCAGCAUGGGAGCCAACUUUGUCUCCGGAUCAGCUAACACUGAUGAGAAUGGUCACGGAACUCACUGCGCUGGUACUAUUGGUGGUAGCACAUACGGUGUUGCUAAGUCGGCAAAGAUCGUUGGUGUUAAGGUUCUUGAUGCUUCUGGAUCCGGAACCAACUCUGGUGUUAUUUCUGGUAUUCAAUGGGUUGCUACCAACGGUGGUGCUAAGUCUGUUCUAAGCAUGUCUCUUGGUGGUGGUCUAUCUACUGCUUUGAACAGUGCCGUUACAAGCACAGUUGCUGCAGGUGUAACAGUUGUUGUAGCUGCCGGAAACGACAAUGCAAACGCAGCUAACACCUCGCCCGCUUCCACCCCUAACGCUAUCACAGUCGGUGCCAUUGAUGCAAACGACGCCCGAGCUUCCUUCUCCAACUACGGUGCCGUUCUUGAUGUCUUUGCUCCCGGUGUCAAUGUUCUUAGCUCCUGGAUCGGUUCCACAACCGCUACCAACACCAUUAGCGGAACUUCAAUGGCCACUCCUCACGUUGCAGGUCUUGCAGCUUACUUAAUUGCUCUUGAGGGCUUGGCAACACCAGCUGCUGUCGUGGCUAGAAUCAAGGCAUUGGCUACUGCCAAUCUUAUCACCGGCGCUGGAUCUGGAAGCCCAAACCUCAUUGCCUACAACGGUAACGGUGCAUAAAUGCAUUGAUUGGUCACAGAGUUUGAAAGGUAGAUGGAAGGGACCAGGGGUCAAUGUUAUGCGAACGAAGUACUUACCAUUGACUUGGCUAUUUUGUCUCUUUAAAAAAUGGUGGAUAGGGAAGACCUCUUCAGUGAUUGGAAUGAGUUAUUUGAUUCUUGGGUGAAAAGCUUGCUGGGAUGUGUUAAGUAGCUAGGAAU